AUGGCCUCUCCUGCAGCUGUCACCCCUGCAGGGCCUCCAGCGCCUGCCCCAGCAGCGUCCACCGCCAUCACCUCCAUCGCGGCCCUCCUCCCCGCGCCGGCCCACCCGCCGCCAAAGCGCACCGACACGGUCGCGCUCAAGCUCCGCCUCGCAGAGCUCCUCGACCCGGACCACGGCCACCUGUACUGGACCGGCCUCGGCGACUUUGUUGCGGCGAGGAUCAAUCGCGCAGAGUGGGACGACGUCCUGCGCCGGGCGUUCGGGCCCGACCAGGCUGUGAGGGAUCAGGCGUUCAAGCUGCACAACGCGCUCCUCCUCUCGAUCCUGUACAACACGACCCGCCCGUUCCUCCCACCUUCCUCGGUCCGCCACAGCGGCUUCCACCCCCGAGGCGCCAAGAAGCGCGGCGCCGGCGGCCUGACGGGCGACGGUGCCGGCCUCGCCUCGGCCGCCGAGGACAAGCGCCGACGGCUCCUGCGCGACAAGGUCAUGUCGCUCGGCCGACGCGAGCGCGCCGAGGUCAAGCUUCUCGGCUCGGCGACGGCGGCAGCGGCGGCGGCGGCGGCGGUCGCGCACAAGGGCAAGCUCGCAAAGGAGGGCGCCGACGCCGAGGAGCGCAGGAGGAGGAGGCUCGCAGAGGGGGACCCGCUCGGCGAGGCGGUCGGCGCGGCGAGCAGGGGCGGUGGUGCGAGGGUCGACCAGGACGGCGUGCCGAGGGCGCUGCGGGACCGGGAGCGUCAGGGCGCGACGCUGCCUGCGACGCUCGCGCAAGACUACGGGCGCUACGUGCAGCUGCCGCUGUGCUGCGAGUCGCGCAUGUUGCCCGACGCCGAGACGCUGCGCGAGCGCAUGGUCGCCCUCGCGUACGAGGAGGGCAUGCCUGACGGUGUCGAGGCGCGCUCGGCUGCGCUCGUUCAAGGUGCCAUCGAGCACCACCUUCGCAACAUGAUCGCCUCCGUCAUCUCGCUCGUGCGCGGCACCCGCCCGGCUUCCCCUCCUCCCCUGCCGCGCACCGCCGCCUCCUCCACCGUCUCGACACCCGUACCUCCCUCCGCCUCGACCUUUGCGCCCGCCGGCGCCGCGCCUCCCGCCCCAGUCGCCGGCUCAUCCUCACUCGCCGCCGAGGCCGACGACCCCUCGUCGUCCACCGCCGACGACCUCCUCCCCGAGCGCACCCCGCUCACGAUCGCCGACUUCCACGCCCUGUUCGCCAUCUCGCCGUCGCUCCUCGGGCAGCACCCGACGAGCGCCGCCGUCGAGCGCAUGUACGCCAUCGCGCCGCCCGGGUCCGACUCGGACUCGGACGACUGCUCGUCCGACGACGACCACGCCGACGACGAGCGCGACGCUACCGCCGCGUCGGCCUCGGCACGAGCGCGCGCCGGUGCGCCCGCGAGGGACGCAGAGGGCGACACGCCCAUGCUCGGCGCCGCCGCAGCGGCUGCCGUCGCCGGGCCGUCGUCGUCGAGCGGCGCGGCGACAGGCCAGGGCGCAGGCAAGCACCCGCGCCUGUCGCGCUCGCGCGCCUCGUCCUUUUACGGCACGACGCGGCCCGUGCGCGCCUCGACCGGCGGCUCGUCGCCCGCCGUCGCCGCCUCGUCGUCUGCGUCCUCGACCUCGGCCGCCGUACCCCCGCACGUGCGCGCCCUCGCACCCGGCGCGAGCGCAGGCGGCGCAGGAGCGUCGAGCAAGCCGCAGCGGUUCGUGCUCGACCCGAGCUCGACGCACGGCGUGCCCUCGGGCCACCCGGACGUGCCGCCGCUCCGGCCGACGCCGGCGCCGCUCCUGCCUGCGCACCUCGGCGGGCCGGGAGGCGCGUCGGGCGCGGCGCCGGGAGCGGCGGGCGCACAUGGGUCGGCGGGCGCGCACGGGCAUGGGCACGGGCACGGCGCGGGGGGAGGAGGAGCAGGAGGUGGAGCGUCGAGCGGCGUCUUGAGCCCCAAGAGCCUCGCGCUGCGCAACUCACUCUUCCCCGAGCUGGCGCCCUCGGCGCCUGGGUCGGGCAGCGCGACGCCUGGACCUGGAGGAGGACCGGGCGCGGGCCCUGGCGCGGCGGCGUCGGGCGGCGAGGGGGGCGAUGGGAACGGGACGUCGACCGACGCAGGGUCCGACUCGGAGGACGACGUCGGCGCGAGCGCGCACGUCAAGCGGGGCGUCGUCGGCGCUGGGCGCAACCCGGGCUUCAAGAUCAAGCUCGGCAGCUCGGCGCUCAGUGGCGGCGCUGGGGCGGCGCAGCAGCAGGGUGUCGGUGCGGGUGCAGCGGGUGGUGGGAGGGCCAUGCCGACGAACGAGCGGGACAAGGAGGCGGGAAGAAAGUUGUGGGAGGUCGUCGACUCGGUUGGGCUGCUCGACGGCGUGCUGCAGUAGCCUCGUCCUGCAUUGACGCGUACGCCAUGA